AUGGAAUGCGGCUCAUGUCGAAUCGGUUUCGAUUCUCGUGAACUUCUAGCGAUGCAUGUACAACUCGUCCACGACAAGGAUGAGUCAGCCGACAAAUCAGAAGCCCGCUUAACUCCAGUGAGAAAUGGCCUUAUCUUGGGGCAAUGCUUCCCAAAAGAGAUUCGAAUUCUCCAUUGUUCGGUAUGUGACGAGAAGUGCUAUGGCGAAGACGCAUUGGACGAACAUAGACUUUUCAGUCACUGUAAGGUGCCUCGAGCGGAUGCGUGUGCAGCUUGUCAAGCCCCCCUGAAAACACCCGAAGAUUUUGAGAAGCAUACUAGAAUGCAUACUACUGAUCUCUACAUGCACUGUGCAGUUUGUAGGCAAUCAAUACGUAGCGAAACACAACUCAUACUACACUGCCAAUUUCAUAUGCAAAGGCGAUCUGACAUCGAGGACGGUGAACAAACGUGCGGAAUUUGCGGAAAGGUACUAGUGAACUAUCUCCAAUUGAACGUACAUCUGAUGGAACACGAUAAUCGCCGUUGUUGCCCACAUUGUUUACGACCGUUUGCUUUGGCGCAACACCUACUUACCCAUGUGGCGGAAGAGCAUAACGAGGAGCAGCCUCUACACUGUUGUGAUAUGUGUGAUGAGAGUUUUCGUUUUGCUGUUCAACUCGAAAACCACCUCCUCAAACAUGUAGCCGAGCCGAAAACCGGAUCGAAUUCUGCUCCAUCCUCACCCAGUGAAUCAUUUGCUUGUCAGCAGUGUUCCUUGGUCUUCUCAUCGUCAUCAGCGCUACUGUCCCACUGUCGCACUCAUAGCGAUUCUCUACGUCGUUGUCCUCUUUGUGGAUUGUCGUUCAAUACUGCCAGCCGAUUCGAAAAUCAUAUCAGAAAGCAUGCUAACACAACGAAUUGCAUCUGCCAAAUAUGUGGCGAUGGAUUUGCAAGUCGUGAUGUACUCGAGAUGCAUAUGCAAAUUCACAAAGGCAAUUUGGAACUCGGUGCCCAUAGCCUGUUAUCAUAA